AUGGUUCUCCUGGCCAUCGGAAGCAGCCUGAUCUUGGCCACCUCGGUCGUGACGUUCCAGUGGGCGGACGGCCGGCCUCACCGCAUUCAGGCUGUCAGCCAGCAGGGCCCCCCGGUCUUCUCGGGGCGGGGCAUCGAUACCGUGGAGACUGCGCCGUUCCAGAUCCUGCUUCAGUUCAACGGAACCGGAAAGUACUUCUUUAAUGAUCCCAACGACCCUGAGCUGACCGUGGGGAUCAUCACCGUGCAAUCAGCCGGGAGCCGUCUCCCCAUCAUCAAUUGGCAGGCCAACACUAAUUACACCGCCGCAGUCUGGAACUCGACCAAGGGCACCGGGGAUGGGGCGGACCCUGCCCCGACCCCUGGCCCUUCAGCGACAGCCACCCCGAAGCCUUACCCGGUGGAAACCGCCGGGCGCCUUCCCGGCAAGACCACUGCUUCGGCGCCCGAAGGCCCGGCCGGCCGCUACAAGAAAGUUCCGAGCAUGUGA